UGUAGACUGAUAUGUUUGUGGAGAGGAAAGCCAUUUCUUAUAAUGGAUGCAUGGCUCAGGUCUUCAUUUUAUGUUUCUUUGGGAUUACAGAAUGUUUCCUCCUGGCUACGAUGGCGUAUGACCGUUACGUGGCCAUCUGUAGACCUUUGGUGUAUUCCAUCAUCCUGUCCCCAAGACUCUGUGUCCAACUGGUGGUUGGGUCAUACUUCGCUGGGUGGAUUAAUGCAAUGUCACAAACAGUAGACUUGUUACAAUUAUCCUUCUGUGGCUCCCAUGUCAUUGACCUGUUCUUCUGUGACAUCUCCCCACUGUUAUCACUCUCCACAUCUGAUGCCAGCAUAAGUCAGAUGGUACUAUUAACUACAGCUGCUAUUUUGGGGGCAUUCACCAUCCUGAUUGUCCUUAUCUCCUACACGUUCAUUGUUGCUACCAUCCUGAAGAACCACUCCACUGAGGGUAAACACAAAGCCUUCAGCACGUGUGCCUCCCACCUGACAGUUGUUAGCAUCUUCUAUGGAACCUCUCUCUUUAUGUAUUUAAAGUCCAGCUCAGAUGAUUCACGGCAUGAGGACAAAUGGACCACAGUAUUUUAUACAGUGGUGACGCCUAUGCUAAAUCCUCUGAUCUACAGCCUGAGGAACAAGGAUGUGAAAGAUGCCACGAGGAAAGUGAUGGCAUGGAAAAAAAUCUCAAAUAUUUUAAAUAAAUGAG